UCUGCCGUGCAGUAAUUGGGUCAUGGGCAGGGGCAGACUGACCAUUUGGAAACUCGGACACUGCCCGAGGGCCCGGGGUCAGUAGGGGGCCCCAUGAGAUGCCCCUGGUACCUUUUUCAUAGGCUUUUUUGAGUUUGGGCAAGGACACAGGGGCCCCAUGAUUCCCUAUUGCCCGGGGGCCCCAUGUGUUGUCAGUCUGUCCCUGUGCCCGAGUUUCCAAUGGUCAGUCCCCCCCUGGUCAGGAUCAGCUGAUACAUUUCCAGACUUUCAUAUCUCAUACGUCGGA